AUGGCGGCCUCACUCGUGUCCUCGCUCACUGUGCCCCUCGUCUCCGCCGUCCUCGGUGCAGCCAUCGCCCUCGUCUUUCUCGCCGGCUACCUCCGCCGCAAGCGCGCCGCCAUCGCCCACAUCCCUCCCACCGCGACCGCCGCCGCCCCGGACCAGCCUAAGCAUGUCCGCCCCUCCAACCAGGCCCAGCACAAGAAGGGCCACCUCCGCGCGCAUCACCACGCGGCCGACAAGGACGCGGCCAAGAAGCACCACCAUCUCGAUGUCAACACCUUGAGGGGGCAUACUGACUCCGUCACUGCACUUGCCUUCUCCAAUGACGCUGGCAACCUAGCAACCGUAUGUGCCGAUGGAGCCAUCAGGAUAUUUAGGAUCGAUGAUACCUCUAGCAAGAGCUUUAAGAUUCUGAGGAUAAACUUGCCUGCUGGCGCACACCCUACCGCUGUUGCUUUCUCAGAGGGGUCAUCAUCUGUUGUUGUGGCAGCACAGGCGCUUCUGGGGUCAUCUCUCUAUAUGUAUGCAGAUGUUAGCGCUCCUCCAACUGCGGAAAACAAACAGCAGGGAAAGCUUUCUCCACCUGAGAUCAAGUGGAGUCACCCCAAGAUCCAUGGCAAGGAGUCUGUGCUCAACGUUGCAGCAGCCCGUGCAACUCAUGGGUCCGGUGAUGGGAGCACUAUAAUUAUCUCAUGCUCAGAAGCAACUGAUAUCAAAGUUUGGCACGGGAAGAGUGGAAAGGAGUUGGGUACAGUUGACACCAAUCAGUUAAAAAAUAAUAUGGCUGACAUAUCUCCAAAUGGUCGCUUCAUAGCUGCUGCAGCUUUUACUGCCGAUGUCAAGGUGUGGGAGAUAGUUUACUCGAAGGAUGGUUUGGUGAAGGAGGUUAAUAAAGCUAUGCAACUCAAGGGUCAUAAGAGUGCUGUUACUUGCUUGUGCUUCGCUCCAAAUUCUGAGGAAAUUAUUACUGCAUCCAAAGAUGGUUCCAUUCGAGUAUGGAACAUUAAUGUAAGGUACCACCUUGAUGAGGACCCAAAGACCUUGAGAGUUAUGCCAAUUCCACUUCAUGACUCAAAAGGUUCUGUUUGCCAAUAUGACCAUAUGAAUGUCUCUCCUGAUGGUAAAAUUCUGGUUGUAACAAGCGCAUCAACGUUGCAAUGGUUAUGUGUGGAAACUGGUGCAGUUUUGGAUACAGCUGAGAAAGCACAUGAAGGUGAUAUAACUGGAAUUGCUUGGGCUCCACGCAAAAUUCCCAAUGGUGGCGUGCCUGUGUUCAUUUUGGGGACUGCUGGUGUGGACAAAAAGGUGAAACUUUGGUCAGCUCCAGAGGUUGGUUCAACAUGA